UUUGCUCAUCCUACUUUACCCUAUAUCACGGAGUCUCACAACAAAGUGGAGUUCUACACAUCUUAUUUUCGUCAAUUAGUCUGAAUCUGAACUCCAUUUAAGUUUCCCUUUUGUAAUACUAACCACAUUUCAAUAUUUUAUAUAGUAGGUGAGACUCGACCAUAGAAUGAACGAUUCUUGUGAAAGAUGCAGAGUAAGGGAUUUUUGGGAUAUAGGUGAUGUGGACAAGUAUUUCUUCAAGGUUAUGCUGGGUGAUUUUCGACAUCAAAUGACCAUACCACAUAAAUUUGUACGACGUUUUAGGAAGAAGAUCCAAGGAACGGUCAAAAUCAAAGUAUGUAACGGUAACACUUGCAAUGUUGUGGUUGCCAACUAUCCGAAUAAGUUGGUCCUCGAAGGAGGAUGGGGGACAUUUGUCAGCACUCAUAACAUAAGGCUUGGUGACUUCCUCGUAUUCAGAUACAAUGGAAACUUUCAGUUUGAGGUUCUAAUCUUUGAUACGAGCUGUUGUGUGAAAGAAUCCUCAAAUGUUGCUGGGAACAUUUGCUAUCAUGUUCAACAAAGGCACAGAGAUCUUAUUGAAAUUUCAAGCGACUCUGAUGACCACCAGCCCAUGAAAUCGGCAAGAAGUGAAGAGCCAACUCCAAUUCAAAAAAAGGGAUCAAACCAGUGCAACAAGAUGAAUAUAAGUUUACCAACCAGUCACCUCAGCCUAUUUGGUAAUAACAGAACUCAUACUAUUACACAUCUCACUCCAAUGCAAAGUAUGAAAGUAGAAAAGAAAGUCCGAGCCGUUUGUCCUGACAUCCCCAUGUUUGGGACUGUCAUGACAAAAAGCAACAUUACUCGACACCCUUGCUAUCUGGGCUUCUGUAAAAAAUAUGCCAAUCAGUUUCUUCCAUGGGAGGACCAAAUUGGAAAGCUUCAGCUAAACGGCAAGCUCUGGCAAGUGCAGUUUCGUAUUACGAAUAAGAAUUUGAGGAGGCUUUCUGUAGGGUGGAAGGAGUUUGUAAGUGAUAACAGGCUGCAGAUAGGUGAUAUCUGCCUCUUUGAACUACUGAAGAACAAAAUGAGGCUCACGAUGAACGUUCAUAUAGUUCGGAAAUAG